UGUCUCUUUCUCUAACUUUCUUCUCGUAGCCCCUUCGUCCCUCCCAGGCGACCAGAACCCUGCCUCUGGACUCUGGAGUUUCCGGUGACUGGGACUCUGACACCGGAAACUCAGAAGACUCGAAUCCUAGAACAAUGGCUUCGGUGGGUGAAAGCUCUUCGACUCAGAAGGAUGUAGGAGAGAAACCUGUGAUUGUUAGGGUUAAACGUAAAGUUGGACAGUCUCCACUCGAUGCUUUCUGGUUGGAGAUCAAUGAAAGGCCACUCAAACGGGCGUUUCUUGACUUAUCGAAGCUAUCUAUUUCCGAUUCAAAAGAGAAAGAGGAUGUGAAGCCCAAGAAGGUGCUUGUGCGGCAUUUGGAGACAGUCACAAACUCUGAAACCACGAUUGACAUCAUCCACUCUUUCUUUGAGUCUGAUCUUAAUGAGCACAGUUGCAGUAAGAGAAAGUCUGAGGAGCGGAGAAUUGCUUUCAAGAAAGACAAUAGAAAGGAACAGCGCCUGACCAAAGCUGUAGAGCAGCAACAGAUUGCUGCACAGAAUGCUCGGUUUGAGCAAAUAUGGCGGAGUAGGAAGGGAAACAAGGAAGGCAUCCAUGAUAAAGAAAUUCAUGAGAGAUGUAAUUUCUAUGACGUUGUUCGUGUUGAUGCUGAAGAAAGACCAGAAGAUGCACCAGAGAUUACAUCCUUGGAGGACCAGAGAAUGCUGGCUAGUUUCUUGCCUCUCCUUAAAGAGUUUAUUCCAACAGCAGCUGAAGAGAUUGAAGCUGAUAUCCGUUCUACUCAUACCGAAGAAUACGUUUAUGAUUACUAUGCUGUAAACGAAGACAUGGAUAUCAGUGAAGACAGUUCUAAGCACCAGUUUCCUCUUGUCAUAGUCGAAGAUGAAGAAGAAUUCUGCGAUGGACUUGAUGAAUCAGACUACGACUCUGAUGAUUCAAAUGCUGAAGCUCAUCCAAGGAACGAUUAUCCAGAAGAGAUUUCUGAAGACGAGGAAGAAGAAGAAGAAGAAGAAGACGAAGAAGAUGAAGAAGAUGAUGAAGAAGAGAAGAGUGAAGCCUCUGAUGAAUCAUCAGAAGACGAGGAGACUUCAAAAAGACAUGUGAGAAUGGUCCUUGGAGACGACGACGAGUAUGAUGGUUAUGCAGAGGAGGAUGUGAAUGGUUAUGGAGACAGCGAUGAGGAGGACUUUGAGUACACUAAAUGGUCUUACCGGUGAGCUUUGUGUUACAAGAUGAAGAUGUUAAAAGACUUUAGUAGUGUUAAGGCUGUGAAUCAAAAUUGUUCAAAAAACAAAACUAACCAAAAAUUGGUAGAUGUGACAUUGUCUUUUAUCAUAAGUGUAAUUUUGGGCCCAGGAAUUUGGUUGAUCAUUUUCAACGACAAUUUUGGCGUGUUGACAAAAAAACAAAAAAGAAAAAAAACUAUUUGGCGUUGAACAUAAGCAGCCUGCCUCAUCACUUGGUCGUAGUCGUCUUCUUUCUUCUUCUACCUUCCGCUUCUGACUGUUAGAAUCAGAUUAUGUAAAUGGCGGAUUCAGAUACUCCUUAUCACCCCGACCCAGACGAUCUCCGGCGAAUACCAUUCGAUCUCUUCGCCUCCAAAAAGCUUCCCGGUCUUUCCUCCGGCGAUCUCGGCUUUGCCGAUUCCUCCGACCGUCUUGUCUUCAUCCUCCGCAAAUCCUCUUCCUCCUCCCUGAAAUCACUCCUUGAUUCCUCCGGUGUUCCACUUUUCUCCAUCUCGCGUCUCCACGUUCAGCAAAACAGAGCUAGAUGUCUCAUUUGCAAACAAUGAUAUCGCUGGAGAAUCGUUGCAACAUCUUGUCAUCAAAGGUUGUCCCUUUCAGAAAUCAUGUACCAUUUACAGUCAAGAUUCCAUUGUUGCGCAGACUAGUUUAAUGUACAAGCUGAGGCAGAUUUACGUAGGGAGAAGCAAGUUUCGACUAACGAUAUUUCCAGGAUCCAUGGAUCAUUCUCUAGUAGUCGCAAUGGUGGCUGUGUUUCUUCAAGGAAGAAAAUGAAACAAAAGUCCUCACUUUCGUUCCUAACUGUGUAAAGAAAAAUGUGAGCAAAGACAUUAUUUUAGUACUUUGCAUCAAUCGGCUCUCACAUAAAAUGUAGAUACGAGGUGAUUGCACUUUGUUGAUUCUAUAAUCUGGCCUUGACCCAUGA